UUUUUUUUUUUUUACUGCUCUCUUUUUAAACCCCCAAGACAGGCUUUUGAAGACGUAUGAAAUUAUUUUUUAAAGCCGAAUAGAAGACACAAUCAGACACUGCCUUCCAAUAAGCCCUUGAUGGGUUUUGUUUGAGUCUGAUUUUUUUGUGUGUGUGAUCUUUUUUUUUUUUUUAAAAAAAAACCCUUUUCCAUACUUUGUUGUGAUCUUGUGAGGCUGGGCCUCUAUUUUCCUGAAGUUUUAGGAGAGCCUGGAGCUACUCAGCUAAGACUGAAGUUUGAAACUUUCUCUUGGGGGUGGAAGCAAAGAUCUGCUUUUCUUUGCUAGCCAGACAGAUAAAUGCUGUUUAUGAAGAUGGACCUGUUGAACUACCAGUACUUGGACAAGGUGAACAACAAUAUCGGCGUUCUGUGCUACGAAGGUGAAGCUUCUCUCAGGGGAGAAUCCAGAAUGCAGACCCUCCCGGUGGCCUCUGCUCUCAGCAGUCACCGCACAGGCCCGCCCCCCAUCAGCCCCAGCAAGAGGAAAUUCAGCAUGGAGCCCGGGGACAAGGAUCUGGACUGUGAAAACGAUCACGUCUCCAAGAUGAGCCGCAUCUUCAGCCCCCAUUUGAAUAAGACUGUCAAUGGAGACUGCCGCAGAGAUCCCCGGGAACGGAGCCGCAGUCCCAUUGAGCGAGCUGCAGCUCCUGCUGUAAGCUUGCAUGGGGGCCACCUGUAUGCAUCCCUCCCCAGUCUCAUGGAGCAACCUCUUGCAUUGACUAAGAACAGCAGUGACACGGGCAGGUCGGCUGUGGAGCGGCAGCAGAACCGGCCCUCUGUGAUCACCUGCGCAUCUGCAGGUGCCCGCAACUGCAACCUCUCUCACUGCCCCAUUGCACACAGUGGCUGUUCUGCACCUGGGUCUGCCAGCUACCGAAGACCACCCAGUGCAACUGCCACCUGUGACCCUGUGGUGGAAGAGCACUUCCGUCGGAGCCUGGGCAAGAACUACAAAGAACCAGAGCCAGCACCCAACUCGGUGUCCAUCACUGGCUCUGUGGACGACCACUUUGCCAAAGCACUAGGUGACACAUGGCUUCAGAUCAAAGCGGCCAAGGACAGCGCGUCCAGCAGCCCGGAGUCAGCCUCACGCCGGGGCCAGCCAGCCAGCCCCACUGCCCACAUGGUCAGCCAUAGUCACUCCCCCUCUGUGGUCUCCUGAAGGGGAUACCAUCCUCCGACCACACAGGGAUCUGCAUGGUUUGCCUGAGCUUUGAACAGUCAGUGCUUAAAAAACAAACAAAAAAAAAAAA